UUUUAUUUAAAAAAAAAUUACUUGUUCUGCGUUCAGUGUACUGAUAAAUAUGUUUUAUCCCUGCAGCUAAGAUAUUACCAGUGGUAAAAAACCAGCAUUUGCUGCUUUGCACCUUACUCAUUUGCAAUGCUGCUGCCAUGGAGGCACUUCCCAUUUUUCUUGAUGGUCUGGUUACAGCGUGGGGUGCUAUUCUGAUCUCAGUUACUUUAAUUCUUCUGUUUGGUGAGAUAAUACCACAGUCUGUUUGUUCGCGGCAUGGUUUGGCAAUUGGUGCAACUGUGGCUCCGUUUGUUCGUCUUCUUGUUUGGGUCUGCUUUCCUGUUGCCUUCCCCAUAAGCAAGCUGUUGGACUUCCUGCUGGGCCAUGGACAUGUAGCACUCUUUCGCAGAGCUGAGCUGAAAACACUUGUAAAUUUGCAUGGAAAUGAGGCUGGAAAAGGUGGAGAACUAACUCAUGAUGAGACGACAAUUAUUGCUGGAGCACUUGAACUCACGGAGAAAACUGCUAGUGAUGCAAUGACUCCUAUAUCUGAUACUUUUGCUAUUGACGUUAAUGCUCGGUUGAACAGGGAUUUAAUGAACUUAAUAUUGGAGAAAGGGCAUAGCAGAGUGCCAGUUUAUUAUGAGCAACCUACAAAUAUAAUUGGAGUUAUUCUGGUGAAUUUCUUACCCUUUGGUUCUUUUGACAUACUGAAUGAAGAUUAUAUAGUUUUGUUUUUGUACAAACUGGGUUGAUGCCUAAGGCUGGAUUCAAUU